AAACGAACACCGGUCUUGGUGUUGAUUGUACGUAUCCAACCGUAGAUUAUGCACUAGACAGGUUGACUUGGUGUCUCGGUAUCGCGAACAUUGUUUUUUGUUAGUUUAAUUCUGAUGUGGUAAUUUUAAUGAAGAAAAAAACUUGUAGUGUGAUGUUUAUCUAAUUAAUAGUGAUUUUAUUUGUGUGUACUUUUUUAUUUUGGAAUACGUUCGUGUCAUUUGAAGGAUUAUUAUUUUUUAAUUUUAACAGUUUAGUUUAAGUUAUUCGAAAUGUCGUCGUUAUCCCUACGGUUGUUUUCCCUUUUCCGUUACCGGAAAUUACCGAAUAAAAUUUAAAACAUGCUACAGUCGUUAGAAGAAUAUAUAGUAGAAAUGGAAAAUCGUAGUGCCAUAGACCAAUCUCUCGUUGGUAAUGUCAACGAAGACGUUUGGACCCAAUUACAACAAAAAGAAAACGAUUUAGUACUAGCAGCCGAAUUGGGUAAAGCCCUUUUAGAAAAAAACGAAGAAUUGAAAAAACAAAAGGAUGCGUUGGAGGAGGAAUUUUCGAAAAAAAUAGAGUCAAUCGAACAAGAUCGUCACUUACUUCGACGUAAGCUACAUUCGAAAGAAUCCGAACUCGAUGCGAAGAUAAUCGAAUUGCAAAACGACGUCGCCGAAUUAACGUCGAAACUUCAAACCAAAGACAACCUCCUGAAACAAUGGGAACGCGACAAAAGCUCACUGGUCGCCGAAUUAACCGCCCAAAAUACGAGGUUAACCGCGCAGCUCAAAGAGGCCGCUCAAAAGGAACAGCAAUUGAGGAGGGAGAUCGAUGAGUACAAAGAGAGAUUGACCUUGGGGAAAAAUAGCUUGCAGGAACACAUGAGUAGCGUCACUGGACUUCGGGACGAAUUGGAAUUGACGGUCGAGAAGAACCAAGAAUUGGAGAGGCGGCUUCACAUGGCGGCGGCCGAGAGGGAUAGUAUAGCGUUGGCGUUGGAAGAAGCUUCCGAUAGAAUAUUGAUGCUGGAACGUCACGCUAGGGAGCAAGACAUUCGAUAUCAACAAAAUUUGAAGGAAUACAGUUUGCCGCAAGAGAAAUUCUCCAUUGAGGAUAGGUUGAGCGCUGGUGAAGAACGAUCUCUCUUAUCAGAAAUGGACAUAUCCGAACCGACAUUAUCUCAGGAAUGUAUGUCAGUCUAUCGACAACUUCGAUCCCUCGUUCUACAACUCAAAUCACAUUCGGAUGACGACAGCGGUCUACAUUCCGAUUGCUCCACAACGUCCAUGGAAGAUUCGUCUAGAUUUGCUCCAGGAUUGCUCACGGAAGUUGCUCAGGAGUUGGUUGGAUUAGUGUUAGACACGGACGUAGUUAGAAUAUUGGAAAGGCUCGAACAAGCUAGAAGGGAAAUACAGGAAAGGGACGAGGAAUUGGCUCGAAGAGCGGAAAGGAUUAUGGAACUAAAUACUAGAGUUUCGGUUUGCGAGGUGGAGUUGGCUUCGGCUUUGGAGCAACGAGAUAGAGCCAUUCACGACGCUUCCGAUUCGUCGUUAGCUCAAGAUGAAGUCGUAGCUAAAGCCAGAGACGAUAGGGACGUGGCGGUGCAGAGACGGAUUAAAGUCGAAGUUGAAUUAGCGAAAACUAGAGUUGAAUUGAUGCAAGCCAACAGUCAGUUGCUGGAAACCGUACAACAGAAAGUCGAAUUGAGUCAACAGCUCGAACAGUGGCAGGUGAGAGAUUACCUAAUUUCUAGAUCAGUAUUUUCCUUUUGUUUACCGUAUAAAAUAAUUCCUCAUAAAAUAGUUUUCAUCGAAUUUAUUAUUUCACUAGAUUUGGGGAAAUAUGAUUACGUUUGGCAACACCGCGAUUUUUAUAUGUUCAAAAUAAUUGUUGUUCCGUGUCCCUGUUGCCAAACGUAUAAUAAUUAUUAUCAAGUUUACUGUUUCACCAGUUUUGGGGGGAAAUAAUUACGUUUGGCAACACUGUUAUUUUCAUGUGUGCUUGUUCUGUGUUAUGGAGAUUGCGCUGUUGCCAAACGUUUGUCGUUUUGGUGGUGUGAGACAUUAGAAAAAUAUAUCGUAUCGGGAUGUUUAUUGAUGGAAUGUAAUUUAUCUAUGCUCCAGAUGGAUAUGCAUGAACUUUUAGACGAGCAGCUCAAAAAUAAACUUUCGAAUCAGGAAAUCAAAAUGAAAAUACCCAGUGAGCCUGUAGCGCCGCCAAGAAGAAGACUCCUGUUGAGGCUCUUCAAUCGAUAGCGAAAUUAGUGUUCAAAAAACAAAAAUGUGUAUAUAGGUAGAAAUAUUGUGAGCACAUACCCGUAAUCCAGUCCCUAAAUUUCCCAAAAAUCCCUUUUUCGUUUAUAUUUCGUGCAAUUACUAAUCCUUUUCCUCUCACCUUUAUUCAUAGAUAAAUAAAUAGAUGUUUAUUAAAUCUACAUAUUUUACUAAGAAUCUGUACCUCUGUAGUAAAUUUUUAUAAACAAAAAGUGAGUAUUCGAAAAAGUUAAUGAAUUAUGCAUUUUUUAGUAUAUUUUCAUCAAUUUAUUGUUUUAGCGCCCGUACUAAUAAUUUAUACUUAGCGUCCGUGCUAUAACUGGUCUAAUAUAAAUCUACGACGGUGUUGCCAGAUUACAUAAAAUAGUAUAAUAAACUAGUAAAUACAGAUCUAUUAUUUCUUUUUUUUUUUGAAUGGAAAUUUAUUAAAAUCUAAUUAUUCAUAAAUUUGGAAAUUAUUUGUUUAUAUUCAUGAUAAAUAGAAGGGAACCUAAUGCGGAACGAGAAUAAAAAUCUACUCAAAUAAUUUUUAAAUAGGUUUGACAACGUAGCAAUUUGCUGUCAAAACUUCCUAAAGAAUAACUAACAUAAGGUUAUAUUGAAAAUGAUUUGUGAUUAGUAAAGUAACUUAUAUUCUCACUUUAUUCGUUUUGUAUCGUGUAUUUAUGUUAUACUAGUUAUUUUACUCAUUUUACGUUCUCUUAAUUAUUUAUUCAUUCAAUUAAUUCAUUAACUUUAUUCAGGUUUUAAUUAAUUAACCUAAAAACUGUGAUUUUAAUACGAAAGGCUAUAUACCGGCACUUAUUUAAAUAUAUUGUAAGAUAUUUUAAUUAAUAAAAUUGCAUUAAUAUGU